AUGGAGCGGAUCAUUGCAGCCCGAAUUCGAAAUGUCAUUGAAACCAAGCUGACCCCGCAACAAUCUGGAUUUAGACCUGGUCACUCGACGUUAGACCAACUAUUGCAUCUACGCGCAGCCCUCACAAGACCCACCAUUGAUUCGCGUACAGGUGCAGUAUUCGUCGACUACGCCAACGCUUUCGAUACUGUAGACCAUGAUCGGAUAGUUAGUGCGAUGCGAGAGAUGGAUAUCCCACCGCACAUCAUUCGAUGGUCAGCAUCUUUCCUGAAAGGACGCCAAGCCAAAGUACGAGUAAACAGUAAAUCCUCUCCUUUAAUGCAUUUCAACCGUGGCGUGCCACAGGGAACAGUUCUCGGCCCACUUAUGUUCAUUAUCGUCAUGAACACGCUAAGCAAACGAUUAUCUCAAGUUCCCUUAUUGUUUCAUGGUUUUUUCGCCGAUGAUCUCACGCUAGCAGUACGACACGUCAACAGAGACAUCAUAAACAGUACACUGCAACAAGGAAUAAACAUAGUGGAUGAAUGGUCCAGGAACUAUUUUAUGGACAUUAAUGUGGACAAGACAAAAUACACACUUUUUGGUACCACCAACCCGAAUCCCCUUUCUCUGAAACUACGCGGUAUCCCCGUGGGUCCGGAGAAGACACCCAAACUCCUAGGCAUCACAUUUCAAAACUACCGAGGCAUGUCUACCCAUGUGGUUCAAACGAGACAACGCAUGAAUUUUAGGUUACUACAACUUGCAGCAAUCUCCUCCACCACAUGGGGACCGAAGCGUGACGUCCUUCGAGCCUUCUACCUGACACUAGUUCAAGCCCAGACGCUUUACGGCUUUGAGAUCUGGUAUUGGGAUGCGGCUCCCACUUCACGCAAACUCCUAGAUGCAGGUCAGAACAAAGCUUGCCGAACCAUAGCAGGUAUC